UGUAAACAGUGGGACUCCGAGGCUGUUCCUGGUCGAAUGGAGUGAGCAAAAGGGAUUGAUCUGUCCCUGGACAGUACACUGCUUCUGGGCUCAGGCCUGGGAGGGUCGGCAGCUGAGGAUUUCAGCAGCACAUUACUGUUUGUCUUAAGAAAGGGGGGAAUAUCUUUUUCCACACACACACACACACACACACACACACACACAUAUACACACACACACACACACACAGUGCUGGAAAUGUUUGCAGUUUGGUUCUCAGGAACAGUAUACCACACCGAGAGCUGAGGAACGCAGUGUUGGAACUGCAUCGUUAAAUCUCACUGGCUCUGUCAUGGCCGCAGCAGCUACUACUUCAGGUUUGGCUGAGAGCUCCCACUUGUCUGAUGCCAGCUCUGCCCAAGGCACGACGCCAGACCCCAUCAAGAGGUUUCGGAGCAGUGAGCCAAAAGCAGUCGGUGUUGUGUUGUUGAUGUUGGGGUUAAUAAUCUUCACACUUGAAGUCAGGCACAUCAAUGGUGUACCUUCAAGCGUCAUCCAGACUGGGGCAUCCUUUAUCAUUGCUGUGUUGUUUGUCGUCACAGGCAGCAUCACGUACAUCGGUGACGAGAAGCCACACCAAGUACUUCUGAGAGCAUGCCUAGCCUGUGCAGUCCUCAGUGUUCUCGUCUCCACGAUCGAAUUGAUCCUCUACCUGGUGGACCUCAGCAAAUACAGGACAUUGCCGUUCAACUGCCUGGUGGAGGAGGACUUCAGUCGAUGCUACCACCUCCAGAGCAAACAGAAAAUGCUGUACGUCUAUGUCCCCAUCUUUUACCUGCUGACACUGGGUGGGACGGUGCUGUGUAUCAUCGUCUCCAUCAGCGUCUAUGAGGUCCUUCGCUCCUGGAAACCAGGAAUGGGCCAGUUGCUGCGAUUGUCACCCCCCCUUGACGUGGAAGGAGCUACUUUAAUAUCCCCGGAGCCAGAGCAUGUCCCUACGGAACACCCUGAGCCAACCCCAACUCGCGGAACCAGGGAUCCGAGGAAAUCCACAUCUAGGGCAGGCAAGAGGCCCCCAAUGGUCCAGAAGUUUCUGGAAGGGAAGCCCAAAAUUUUAGGGGUAAUACACCUCAUCCUCGGGCUGACCAUCCCAUUGUUACUGCUCGGAUCGAUCUCAGACAAUCCCUGGGAAAUUCUGAAGGUUGGCUUUAACGCCUGGCUCACCGUUCAAUGCAUCAUCACGGGGGUGGUGUCCAUAGCGGCUGAAGACAGGCCCACCGUCAACAUGAUCCGAGCCUGUCUGGCCCUGAACAUCAUUAGUGCCCUGACCACAGCUUUCAACGCCUUUCUUCUGCUGGGCCAUUCCUCAGACAUUGUGUUCUGCCUCUACAAUGAGUGUGAGGAUGCACUAGAAUAUGUCAUGGCAGCUUUCCCACUGCUAUUCAACUUGUUGGAACUCGUCAUCUCUGUCGUGGUCGCAACCUACGCCCGCAAGUCCCUGCGUUCAGUACCACUGAGCAAGGCGGCCGUGGUUUUAAAUGCACCUUUGGCGCAAUGGUCUGCAGCCACACCUGUGGGACCCCAGUGAGGAUUUUGUGCACUGUUCCACUUGUGAUCAGCUCCGCUAACACGAUGGGACUGUCCGAUACCGGGGGUGGGGUGGGUGUUUGAAUGAAUGGACGGUCAACCAGUAUUCCGCACUCAGGCCAGAUUGCCUUGUCACCUGGGAGCGGACGCUUCCUGCCCUCCCUGUCCCCUCAAUCGCUUCUGCCUCUCUCUUCGGCCUCUCCUCGUGGCUUAACCACACCACCCCCCUCCCCACCCACUACCGUUUCUUCUGGUCAGUCUACAAGCCAUUCACUCUAGAGCCAGGAGAAGUGCCUUCGUACCACCACCUCCCCCCACCCCCACCCCCAGCCCCGGCCCAGAGAAGCCUGCAUUUGCGUGACAAAGCCACGAUUGAGCAGUCGGACCAAACAUGGUCAUGGACCCAGGAAGGAAUCGCUGGGACCCUUGGCUCGACACGUCUUGGGGGGGGAGGGUGGUGUUGCAAGAGCUAGGAGCAGCAAGAGGCCAUUCAGCCUGCUCCACCAUUUAUGCUUGAUCUCUCCAUGACCUUUCAACCCUUCGCUAAUUUUAAAAAAUCUCUCCGUCCCCUCCUUAACUUUGCUCAGUGUCCCAACAUCCAGUACGCUCAGGGGGAGUGAAUAGCACAAACCAUGGAGGGAAGAAAUUCCUCCUUGUGCCUGCGUUUUCAAUACUGCUGUCCCUUAUCCUGUAACGAUGGCCUCUUGCUCUGUGUUGCCCCCACAUGAGGAAACGUCUUCUCUCCAGCCACUGCGUCAACCCCCUUUAGCAUCUUAAAGCCUCCUGUAUAUAAGACAGAGGUAGGUCAAUUCUCAAUUGUCAAAGGGGAUCACGGAGAAUGGGGUCGAGCAACUUAUCGGCCAUGACUGAACGGUGCAGCGGAUGGGCUGAAUGGCCCAAGUUCUGCUCCUACAUCUUACGGCCCUGUUAUUAUUUACCUCGAUUCCGUCUCCUCUGACUCGCCUCGACCUGCAGAGACCAAGGGGACAGCCUCUCUUCAGCAGGCAAACCUCUCACCUCUGACACCUCUGACACCUAACAGAGUGAUACCUCCCAAAGCCACAUCAUCCCUCCUCAAGCGAGGGGCCCAGGUUUGUACGCAGUACCCCAGGUGCAGUCUCACUAACACCCUACACGUUUGCCGCAACACGCUCUAACUUUUACGCUCUUAAUCCCAUAGCAACAAAUAUCAAAAUUGCAUUCAUCCUCCUUAAUACCUACAUAUGAGCUUUCUAUGCCUCAAUGGAAUUCCAGAGCUUAAGAUCAAGCAACUGAUAAUCCAUUACUAAACGCCAUUUGUACAAUAAUUUAGUCAACUUGAUGUACUCUCAUAAUAAUCUAAAACGAAACACUUUCAAAUGGUUGUAUAACCUUCUGGAGUGCAAUGUAAAAUGAAUUAAAUAUGUGUUAAGUCAAAAA